UUUGAAUGGAAACAGAGCCUGAGACGGAUUUUGAGACAGAGUUCUUUACAACACAACUAGAUGAUCCAGAGAUUGACGAAGUCUUCAAAGAUCUUGAUGAUCAAGAUGAUGAUUCUGACACAUCUUCUGAAGAAGAUAAAGAAGGAUUUGAGAGUCCCAAAGAUCUCAAGAAAUAUGUUAAGAAAAAUAUGGAUCGUUCUGAAGGAUUUACUAUUGAAAAGCUUCCUUCGUUUGAGAAAGAAGACUCUGAUAAAAAAGGAGCAUUCCUUGAUAUAAUAAUUGAUAAAGAGCUACUAGAGCUCGCUUCUCCUAUCCUAGAGAGCCAUCUAGACCUAUUUAAGAAAGAUGUGAAGGAAAUUUUGGAAUCUGGAAAGAUUGAUAAAAGUACUCUGACUGAGAUUGUGACUAAUCAUCUUGAAUUACUAAAUAAGCAGAUCACAAAGAAAAUUAAAGAUUCCACUCAAGAAUUUGCUCAAGGAGUCAUAAGAAUUUUCAAAGCGACUGCUAAGGACAUAGUGAAGACAGAGAGUAAAUCAUCUGCUUCAGCCUAUGAAAACCCUGAGGACGACCCUGAACUUCUUGAGAAGAUCGCCUUAGCUGAAGAAUGGAAGCAAUCAACUUUAGAUUGCUGAUACAGUAUUUACUCAGGAAAGGGGAAAUUUUGGGAUUCUUACAUAUUUGAAGAGCUAUCAGAGGACUAUAUCCUCAAACUUCUUGGCCUGUUUAUUAAUUGUCAAGAAAUCAAGACUGAGGAAGAGAAGGAUGAAUUGUGCAAUAACUACCUCCAUCUGUCUAGUUGGAUAUUAAGUUCAUAUCCAAGUGCGUCUUUUUCAGAGAAAGAUCUGAUGAAAAUUUAUAAAAUAAAUAUCAAGAAUACUGACUGGAGGGUUGAUGCUCCAAUGAGAAUGGAAAUGUUCUCUAAGCUUACAGCAUAUCCAAGGAAAAUUGUCAAGCUGAAUAGCUUUAAGUAUUUUAUCAUUCAUAUUGCCUUGGUAAUGAGUAAGAAUGUUAAUGGCACUGGAGAGUUCACCCUAGCUCCUUUCAAUGCGUCAUGCAGGCAAUAUCUUCAUAGUUUCAUUCAAUGAGCUAGCCCAGAAGGAGCCUGUAUUGAUAUCCUCAGAGGAUUAGAACAAGGUAUCGGUACUUUUAACGUAAACAACCUCGGCUAUUUGGACCAAGAUCCUUUUCAAAAUCCUCAAAGUUCAAGCUUUAUUGGAGAAGAGAAGCUUAAUGUUUCAGGAUACCUUCUUGAUUGUAACACUGAGUCAGAAAAUUUUAUUGACAUUUGUUACAAGACAGCCCCUUUUAAUCUCACUGGUAAAGAAUUUAGCAAGAAAUAUGACUUUUCUGGAAAAGAUAUGCUGAAAAUGAAAUCAAAGAUUGUAGAAGAAGCUGUUAAAGUGAUCAAUUAUAAAAAGAAGAAGCAAUUAGCACCAGCAUUCUUUGAGUUAAUCAACCCUAUAAGCUUGGGAAGUAAGCAUGUAACUAUCUCUAUUGGAGGUCUUUUCACAAAUAAAAUCACUUCAAAUUGGAAGAACUGGUCUAAAUCUCAUUUUGCAGAUUCUAUCUAUAGUUACAAGUGGUCUGUGAAAAAUGAGAUGCCUGGCUGGAAGGCAUUCAUUCCUUCGAUGACUUCCCUCUUAAGCAUAAAGUCUUUAUUAAGCAAGUCAUUUUUGGCUUUACAAGCAUUUAAAGUACCUUGGGAUACCAGGAAGAAGUUUAUAAAGAUGCUAAAACUUGCUGAGAAGUAUGGAAAGCUCCUUGCUCAUCUUCUGAUUCUACAAUAUCCCUUUGUGAACCAAUCUAUCUGACUUAUAGGCUUUGAAGUAGGAGCCCAAGUAGUGUAUAGCUGUUUAGAAGAAUUGGUGAAGCUUAAGGCCAACAACAUAAUCCAUAAUGUGUACUUUAUUAAAGGAAUUGUUGCUGCCAAGAAUAGUAAAAAGUGGGUCGAGAAUUUAAGCAUGGUUAGAGGCACAAUUUACAACUAUUAUUCACAAAAUGAUAAAACUGUCUUUAUGUUCAAGUCAAUUACUCUUUCUAAGCCUAUUGGAAUGAUGCCCUUACUUGAUAUUAAAGACAAGGAAGACUUGACUGAUGGGGAGAAGGUUAAACGUGAGCGUUUUAGGUCAAUGACAGAGCAACUCAGGAUCAGGAAUAUUGAUGCCUCUAAUCUCCCAGAUAAGGCAAAGAAAUUUAAAGAUGAGUUUCAUAGAAUCAUGACCUCUAUUGAAUUCUAA